GCAACGUUGCAAAGGCGUGUCCCGACCAGGUUUAACGUUCCAAUGGGCGUGGUCACGCUCCCAGUAUUGUCAGACUUGAGGUGACGUGCACUUGAGCCAGACGUUCGGCUGUCUGUUAGUAGCAGGGUAGUUAUUUACAUUUGUGUGUGUUUUUAUACUUUGUAAACAAAAUGGAAAUGAACACGUGUAACAUCCAGGUCCUGUUGCAAGCAGCGGAAUAUCUUGAGAGGAGAGAGCGAGAAGCAGAGCACGGUUAUGCAUCUGCAUCGCCGUUUUACAGUAAGGGUGCCGCGGAUCAGCGAAGCAAGCAGAAAUCCAGGAAGAAUCUGCAGAGCAUCAGGACGGUGCACAAUGAGCUGGAGAAACACAGACGAGCCCAGCUCCGCCGCUGCCUGGAGCAGCUGAAACAGCAGGUCCCUCUGAGUGCAGAGUCCUCGAGAAACACGACCCUGAACCUGCUGCGCCGGGCGCGCCUGCACAUCAAGAAGCUGCAGGAGCAGGACAAGCGCGCUGAACGUAUGAAGGACCGUCUGCGCUGGGAGCAGAGUGGGCUGCGUGGGAGACUGGAACAGCUGCUAGGGGGGACAGAGAGAACGAGGAAUGACAGCCUGGGAUCAGCACUGUCCUCGGAGAGGUCCGACUCCGACCAAGAGGACGUGGAGAUUGAUGUGGAGAGCACAGUGUUCGUGUGUGUGGAGACGGAGGGCCUGGGAGAUACACAGGGGGAAGGAGAUCACAGCUACUCCAGCCCAGGACUGGUCUGGCUAUGACACCAGCACCAUCUGCUGGUCAGAAGGGAAAAAAAAAAAAAAAAAACACAAAAAAAAGUAACAAGCAGAUGAAAAACAGAGUGGGUCACAGAGGCAGUGAAACACUUCGAGAAGCACUUACUGAAACCCAGCUACAGCACAGGACUGUCCAUGACAGGUUUGCAUUCAUAUUGUAGAUGUAAUCCAAGCAGGCAAAAUGCAAAGACAUGCACGAAUCAUUGGAGACUAAUCCAUUCUCAGAACUGCACUUCCUGUCAAUAGAACAAGGGCAUGUAGAAAAUAACCAACACACUUCAGAGAUGGAAAUGAAACUCCUGUAGUAUAGCAGUGUAAUACAUCUCCCAUAAGCCUCUGCACACUGGUUAUUCCUUUGCCCCAGGGAUGGACUGUUGUUUUGCAGAACUUCAUUUCCCUUCAAAGCUUUGUGCCUUUCUGCUCAGAGUAACGGAUGCAAAAGAGUUAACAAAAGGGAAGUUAAAGGCUAGUUAAUGUAGUUUAGAUUCUGUAUGAAAUUUGAUGUAAAUGCUAAAAUCUCACCUUAACCCUCGCAGCAAGUCCAGGGUGCCAAACUGGGUUGGGUUGUUAGCAGCUUUGGUAUUUUUAUUUUAUUUUAUUUUUUUAUUGUAACUUGGUGUGAAGGAAAUAUUUUAAGAUGUAAAGGGCGGUGUUCACAAAGCAUUCAUCAUCGUGAUACGUUUGCACCAUUUCUUCAGUUAAAAACCUAAAAGCAGCUGUUGAUGUUGCUGAACUAGAGGCAGCAGCUCUUUAAAGAAAUGUAAAGCUUUGUAACAUCAGCUCUUUGUUGUAUUGUUUAGAAAAACAAAAUGCCAGUUUAAAUGCGCGAUGGCAAGUGCUUUGUGAAUAUGGCCUACAGUCUGUUGUGUAUAAGAAGGCGCUGGUGUGGCUUUCUACUGCCCAGAGCUGACUGUUUGCACAGGCUCUGGUAUUGCCAUGCUGAUCAGGGCUCCACUCUGUGAGAUUCACACUGUGAGUGUGCCAGAGUCUGGACCCACUGUCCACCCUCCGUGCUGCAGGCUAGCGAUCUAAACACCAAGCUGGGGUCUUGGGCUGACCAGAGUAUAUCUGAACAGCGGCCCUUUUAGGCACCUGGACGCCUGGAUUUCCUGUCUACCUAUUUUAAGUCUGUCAGGCACUGAAAAAGUGAAAGUUCAGUCUUUAAAUCGUGACUUUGAAUUGAGCAAGCUGCCCUACAGCUCUGCCCAAACCCAUAAAUACCUGCUUGGGUGCCACUGUUUAGAAAGCAAGCCUGGUACCUCACACACAGCACUAAACUGCCUUCCUUCUUUCUUUUUAUUUCCAUUGAGGUAAAAUGUUAUUUUGUACACUUUAUAUUUAUGUGUAACUUUGUGGGUGGGUGGGUUGACGGAGCACUUCAGCAUUCCAUUCAGUAUAUUAUUGUGUAGAUGUUUCUAGUGAUUAUAUAGAGAUCACACCCAUCCUCAUGUUGGGACCUGUUGUAUCAGUGGCCUGGAUAGGCAGGUGCUGCUCAGUGUUCAGCACUGACUAGCCUCAGAGAGGUUUAGCAAGCAUGCCUCACUAGAGCAGCAGCUGUUUCCAAAUGUGCGAGGAGCACUUAUCCACGUGGAAGCACUUAGGAACCCUACGUUUAAUUGUUUUCAUUUAAGCUGUUGAGAUUUUUUUUUUUUUGUAUGUAUGUUUGUUUUUUGUUUUUUGGGGGGCAGGGGAACCAAAAAAAAACAGUAUUUGGCUAUUGCUAAACAGCCAAGUGGUAGAAAGUCUUGUAAGUAGCUUUACUAAUGUUAGUACAGAUCCACGUUGAGUGCUUUCCCAGGUGCAGUAUAUCCUCUCUCUAGGGGAGAUCAACUCUGUCAUUCCUUAUGUGACAGUGCCCUCUAGGGAUGCUGGAGACAGUGUCAUUGGACAGUAUGCUUAGAAUAUUUAAAUAAUGAGAGGCAUUGAAAAUGUCAAACACAAUUAGGAUGUUGAGUCUGGAUUGUCAAGUAUCGGUUGUAAUCUCUGACUUCCAAUGUAUUGUCCUAGAAUGCUGUACCCCAGAACCUUGGUUCUCUCUUGUGAACUGGUUUGUUGUUUAAAGCAAUGGAGGUUUCUGGAGUGCUUGUGUGGAGUCACACCGUCGCCACUGGGUUGUAAUUGCUAGGUUGGUUAAGAGAAGCAGCAACUCCAGCACAUUGGACAUUUCUAGACCUUGCUGUCCUGUUUCCUUCUUAUCGCAACCUUAACAUUGAUCAGGCACAGUGACGCUUGUUUGCAAAAGUCCAGAAACUCGCUAUUAACGAUAUUGUCCUAAACAUCAUCCUGACACUAAAGUAAGCUCUCGGCAAGUGAAUGUAACAAAAUAAUCUAGUGCUAAAGCUGUAUGGAGACUACAGCAGAUGCAAGGCAAUGUGUGUCUCACAUAAAUACUGCAGAUUGCUUUAUGGGCCGGGCCAGGCAGUACCCCAGCCACUGGGCUCCGGAGCCGGUAAGGGCUUGCUGUGGAAGCUGAAGGCAUGAUGGGAAAGAUUCAAUACUGGAUCGGUGUUCUGCAAUUUAUUAUUUGCUGUCCCAGUAGAAGUAAUCUCAUGUAGCAUUGUUUUUAUACUUGUAUGAUUUUGUAUGAUAAUAAAUAUUUUUGUAUAUUUA